AUGGCCGAUUCAUCAAAACAGGAGCCCGUGAAGACGGAGCCUGCUGCACCGGCCGACCCGGUCGCUGAGCCAGUCGCCCCCACUGAGGCGGCUGCGGCCCCAGUGACCGAGGAAGCUCCAGCUCCAGCCGAGACGGCGCAGGCGCCAAAGGAGGACAGCGUGCCCGCCGCGUCAGCAUCGGCGCCGGAGCCUGUACCGGCACCGGAGGCCAGUGAAAAGCCAAUUGAGACCAGCGAGAAGCCUGCUGAGCCCGCUGCGCAGUCUGAGCCGACGAAGGAGACUGUGACGGAGCCUACGGCGGACAAGCCUUCGGUUGCUCCGAAAGUGCAGACGCCCUUCUCGGACUUUGCAAAGAAGCUUCCGGACAUUCUCAAAGAGGUCGGCCAUGAUGAGAUGUGGGGCGUCACGCUUGUUGAUGAGACCCAUGUUCCCACGGCAAUUAUCCUCCAGAAGUUCCUGAACGCGAACGAAGGUGACCUUACCAAGGCCAUUGAGCAAUUCACCGGCGCUCUGAAGUUCCGCAAGGAGAAGAAGCCCCUUGAUCUCCUGAAGAAAACCUUCAGUGCAUCCAAGUUUGGCCAGCUUGGCGCCGUGACCACUUACCAGGUCAAGGACAGCGCGAUCCCUGAGGUCUUCACCUGGAACUUUUACGGCAAUGUCAAGGACCGGAUGGAUGAGGUCUUCGUGCCGCUUGAAGACUUUAUGGACUAUCGUAUCGCCCUGCAAGAGCUCGGCAUCCAGCAACUCAAGCUUUCCGAGGCGACUAAGCGAAUUUCUGAGUUUGAGGAUCCUUAUAAGAUCAUCCAGGUUCACGACUACAAGAACGAGAAGUUCUUCGUCAACGUGCCCGCCGUCAUGGGAUGGCUGUACGGUGUGCUGAAGCUGUUCGUCGCGGAGAAGACUCGCAAGAAGUUCCACCCCAUGGCGAACGGAGGCAAUCUUGCGGCCGAGUUCGUUGGAAGUGGUCUCAAUGAGAAGGAGCUGCCGAAGGAGUACGGUGGAGAGGCUGGUGCUGGGGACGGCAGCGUGAAGACCUUCCCCGGGAGCAUCGCUGCGCUGACGUUUGAGUAA